UAGGUGAGCUUAUAUACACAACACUUCUGCUUUAUCAAACCAUGUGUGCACAGCAAACAUUGUAACUGGCUUUGGGGGACCGGAAAAAAGGCUGCAGGAAAACGCUUCUCUUCACUCAAGGCAGUUGGAUUCAAUGAAAGGUUUGUCUUCAGGACAAAAGGAAAGAAUGGAAGAGCUUGACAUCACUCUUGCUCCCUCAAGCUUCUCAUCCCACCUCAAAAGGGGAUUGAACAGCUCUUCUCAAGCAGAGGAAGUGAUGCACAUUGUAGCCGCUGCUGUCUACACCCUCAUCUUCCUGCUGGGCACCACUGGAAAUGGCCUGGUCAUCUGGAUCACUGGUUUCAAGAUGUCCCGAACAGUCAACACCAUCUGGUUUCUCAACCUGGCCAUCGCUGAUUUCAUUUUUGCUGCCCUGCGGCCUUUUGCAGUGGUGAGGGAAGCGAUGAGGUCCCAUUGGCCCUUUGGCUCAACUCUCUGCAAGGUCAACGGCUUUGUUAAGUACCUUAACAUGUACGCCAGUGUCUUCAUCCUGACAACUAUCAGCAUUGACCGCUAUGUUUUGGUGGUCCACCCUGUUUGGUCGAGAAACAACCGGUCCACUAGAAAGGCCUCCAUCAUCGCCAUAGUUGUGUGGAUUAUUGCGACCUUCUUUAGUGUGCCUUAUAUAUUUCUGAGAGAUGCGGUGAUGGAUUCAAGAGAUCAGAACAAGACCAGAUGCGACUUCAGCUUCCUUUUUGAGGACUCAGAUGAUAAAAGGAGAAUCAAUCUAGCUUUGUAUGUUACUCGCUUCACCUUUGGAUUUCUAGUACCCUUUUUGGUCAUAACCACCUGCUAUGUGAGCAUUUGCUUUAAGAUCAAAGACAGAAACUGGUCCAAUUCAAACCGGCCCUUCAUAAUCAUAGUGGCUACCAUCGUCACCUUCUUUGUGUGCUGGGUGCCCUACCACGUCUUCAACUUUUUGAAGACUACCAACCUCCCAAAGCAGUUUCUCGAAGUUGGCUACAGGAUAUCCACCAGUAUAGCCUACCUUAACAGCUGCCUCAACCCUCUUAUGUACCUUUUUGUGGGCUACAGUUUCAGGGAAAGGGCGGGUGUAUCUCUUCUUUCAGCCCUCAAGAGUGUUUUUGCUGAUGACCCAAACCAGGCAAAGCUGAACUUAAGUUCUGAGAGCGUGCGUCUGACGCUGCGUAAAAUGACUGGUACACUCACUAGUAAAGAAUAGCUGUUGACUGUGCUCUGCUGUUGCCAAGCAAGUUGCCCGUCACUUGAAAGGUCCAGUCCUUCACCAAUGAUAAGGCUUCAUUAGCUGGCACUGCCUCACAGUGGCAGGCCGCUGUCAUUUUCAGAUUUCAUUUUUUAGUUAAAAUAACACCCUAAACAUCUUUUAUUUUCAACUUUCUAGAAUAAUGUUGCUGUUAGACCAUUUUAUGAAAUGUUGUAAACCUAGAAAUUGGUAUGCAUGUACUUUAUUUGACGUCUGCUGCACUUGCACGAAUUGUUUGUGUUCAUUUUUGUUUCAUGUUUUUUAAAACAUUUUUUUUUUUUUUUUUUAUAAAGGUUAACUGGCAUAAAGUCAGUGUAAAGAAGUAGCUGAGUUGGUAGUCCGAAUAAAACACGCAUUUUGAAGUUAUCGCAUGGCCUGGCAAAGUUCUAACGUACUGCAUCCUGGUCGCUCCUGGUAACUACUUUAUCAAUCGAAUGAAUGAAAAGUCAUGACUCAAACUGAGAACUCUUCAGCUAAACUAGCUCUAAUCUGAUAAAGCCAAGAAAAUGGCAAUUAGCUAUUGGAUUUCUGGUUGAGUCUAGAAAGUUUGAUUUCAUUCUAUAGCUCAUUAAUCAUCAGGGUACAUAGGUAUGUUAAUAUCAGACGUUGACAACUUCAGAUGACAUGCACUUGCAUAUUAUAUGUUCAAGUUGUAUUUGUGUUUGUCUCCCAAUGUACUGCAUACAAUAUUGUACAGUAAUUGUAUGACUGGCAUACUUUGUGAAAAAGAAAUACCUUCGUUGCUCUGCUACCACAUGUGACCACUGAAAUGUGUUAAAUAAAAUUUUACAAAAAAAAAAAAAAAAAUCAUUUUGGGUGUCCAUUUAAAUUUAGCUGCAGGACAUAUAAGAAAAAAUGUUCAUGUGUUGAAUUCAAAAGGAGAAAAGCUGUCCUCCCUCACCUUUACAAUUGAGUACCAACCAAUGGCAAUUAACUGUUUUACAAUCCGAUUGGAACCGAAUUUUCCCCUCAUCCAGAGA